AUGGAAGGGGUGCUGAUCCUGCUCUGCGUGUUUACCGUUGUUGGGGUCGGCCAUUAUUCUCAUGUGGUUGCUUAUGAUUACAUGUAUUUAGUUAUGCAGUGGCCUCGUUCGUUCUGCAACACACAACCUAACGUCUUUCGUUCCCGCGUUCCAAACAUCUUCACGAUUCAUGGCCUUUGGCCCCAGAAUCUUAAUAAUGCUCCAGUCAACUGUCCAGUACCUAUACUUAAUCAUUUCCAUUAUCCUACGCUGAAUGCUGAUAAAGUACUCUUAAAAACCAUGGAUCGAAUUUGGCCUAGCCUGAUCAACGGAAUGCCAAACGAUCAGUUUUGGGGGGCUCAAUGGAAGAAACAUGGCACUUGCACUACCUACGCUCAAAACGAUUAUUUUCGGGUGGAUUGUAUUAGGGCCAACUUUCUUGGAAACAUAACUGCAUCCCUAGAAGCACAAGGGAUUCUUGUCGGAACUUCAUCCCUAAUAAUGUUUUAUAAGAGGGCGAUUGAGGAGCAGUUACAUCUAAUCCCCAACUUUGCCUGCAACGAGGAUAGCAAUGGGACUCCGCAACUCUUUGAAAUUCGAUUUUGCCUAGACAAGGCUGGAUUGAGCUUCAAAAACUGUAGCUGGUUCAUCCCUCGGAAAUGUUCAGGCAAUAUCGCGUUUCCAAUACCAUGA